AUGAUGGAUUGGAGAAAACUUGGUUUGAUUAUCUGUGCUUUGAAUCUCUUGCCUUUGGUAUGUUUUUGUGCAACUUUUGCUCCAGCUGAUAAUUACCUUAUAGAUUGUGGAUCAACUUCAACUACUUCAGUUGGUAACCGCAAUUUCACUUCAGAUACUUCAUCUAAGAAGUUACUUACAACUCAGCAAGAGAUUCUUGCUAGUACUUCUGCAAAUUCAGUAUCUUCUAAAGAUGAUGAAUCACCACUUUAUAAAACUGCAAGAGUUUUCACUGGAUCUUCAAAGUACACUUUUCCUAUUAACCAAAAGGGGAGACACUGGAUCCGGUUUUAUUUUUUUCCAUUUAUUUAUGAUAGAUACAAUUUGAAUGCUGCGAAAUUCGUUGUAUCGACACAGACCAUUGUUCUUAUUAGUGGUUUAACUAUGCAGAAGAAUCCUUUUAUGAAGGAAUAUUCUAUCAAUGUUACCACAGAUACCCUUGAGAUUACUUUUCGUCCUUUGGAUAGUUCGGUUGCAUUUGUGAAUGCAAUUGAGGUUGUUUCUGUCCCUGAUGAUCUCAUUGCUGAUGAUGCUUUUAACUUGAAUCCGUUGACGUCGUAUUCGGGUUUGGGGACUCAGGCUUUGGAGACUGUUUGGAGGGUUAACAUGGGUGGUCCAGUUGUUACAUCUGGAGAGGACCCUCUUCAGAGAACUUGGGUUUCAGAUCAAAAGUUUCUUCUAACAUCGGACCUUGCCAAUGAUGUUUCGAAUAUUCCCGGUGUUAAGUAUGCUGAUGGAGGAGCAACACAAAUCACUGCUCCGCCUAGUGUUUAUGGUACUGCCGCGGAGAUGAACACGAACACGUCCACCGGUGAUACUAAUCUUAAUUUCAAUGUGACAUGGCGAUUUGACGUGGAGCCGGGAUUUCAAUACCUUGUUCGAACUCACUUUUGUGAUAUAGUCAGUAAAGCUCUCAACUUACUUUAUUUCAAUGUUUAUAUUGACUCGAUGGCAGCUGCUAAGGGACUUGAUCUUAGUUCUAAAGGUAAUAAUGUUUUGGGUGUUCCAUAUUUUAUGGAUUUAAUUGCUCCGGUAGCUGACAGCAAUAAACUAUAUGUAAGUAUUGGCGCUUCCACUUCGGACAACCCCAAUGCUAUUUUGAAUGGGCUGGAGAUCAUGAAAAUGAACAAUUCUAUUGGCAGUCUCAGUGCAAAUGCAGCGGCUGGUGCUGGAGGUGAUACCUCUGGUUCGAGUUCUAGUCAUGUUGGCCUGAUAGCUGGUGUGAGUGUUGGGGUAGUGAGUGCUGUGGUCUUGGCCGGAGUUUGCUGCAUACUGUGUAGGAAAAGAAGGAGGUUGGCACGACAAAGGCAGUCAAAGACAUGGAUUCCUUUGUCCGUCAACGAUACACAUACGAUGGGAAGUAAAUAUUCCAACGGCACAACAAUAAGCGCUGCUUCAAACUUUGAGUACCGUGUUCCUUUUGUGGAAGUUAAGGAGGGUACAAACAAUUUUGAUGAGAGUUGGGUUAUUGGGGUAGGUGGUUUUGGGAAAGUCUACAAGGGAGAGUUAAGGGAUGGCAGGAAAGUAGCGGUGAAGAGGGGAAAUCCACUGUCGCAGCAGGGGAUUGCUGAAUUUAGAACGGAAAUUGAAAUGUUGUCUCAAUUUCGUCAUCGUCAUUUGGUGUCUUUGAUUGGUUAUUGUGAUGAAAAUAAUGAAAUGAUCCUGAUAUAUGAAUACAUGGAAAACGGAACUCUCAAGAGUCAUUUAUAUGGUUCGGGGCUCCCGAGCUUAAGUUGGAAGCAGAGACUUGAGAUUUGCAUUGGAUCUGCUAGAGGACUGCAUUACCUUCACACCGGCUAUGCUAAAGCAGUCAUUCACCGUGAUGUCAAAUCAGCAAAUAUCUUACUUGACGAGAACCUGAUGGCUAAGGUGGCUGAUUUUGGAUUGUCAAAGACCGGUCCUGAACUCGAUCAAACGCAUGUGAGCACAGCCGUCAAGGGGAGUUUCGGAUACCUUGAUCCAGAAUAUUUCAGGAGGCAGCAACUGACCGAGAAGUCCGAUGUGUAUUCCUUUGGGGUAGUUUUGUUCGAAGUUCUAUGUGCAAGGCCUGUUAUAGAUCCAUCACUUCCUAGGGAAAAGGUAAACUUGGCAGAAUGGGCGAUGAAGUUUCUUAAAAAAGGACAAUUGCAACAAAUCAUCGAUACAGCACUUGCAGGAAAAAUCAAACCAGAAUCUCUUAGGAAGUUUGGAGAAACUGCUGAAAAAUGUUUGGCUGACUAUGGUGUUGACAGACCUUCAAUGGGAGACGUCUUGUGGAAUCUAGAGUAUGCUCUUCAACUACAAGAAGCUGAGGUUCAAGGUGAUCCUGAAGAAAACAGUACAAACAUGAUCGGCGAACUCUCUCCUCAGGUCAACAACUUCCACCAAGACGCAAAUGUUUCUUCUUCUGCUUCUGCUGUACAGUUUGAAUCUUCAACUGUAGAUGAUCUUUCUGGUGUCUCCAUGAGUAGAGUAUUCUCACAGCUGGUGAAGUCCGAGGGUAGAUGA